AUGACGGGAGGAAACAUCAUCGAAAUUUGUAAUUUUAUGGCUCCGGAAACGGUUAAUCAUAUGUUAUUUGAAUGUCCACCAGCGUUACAUGUGUGGGCUUUAUCCCCAAUUCCUACAACAUUUGACCAUUUCCCAACAGGAGGUUUGUUCACAAACAUUGCUCACCUGUUUUGGAACCUACCAAAUGAUGAAAGAAUGGGUAUGUAUCCCUGGUUGAUUUGGUUUAUCUGGAAAUCCCAAAACGAUAACGUUUUCUCCAAUGAUGACUCAGAUCCUAAUGAUAUCAUAAAUCAUGCGGCAAGUGAGGCGGUAGCAGGGAGAACGGCACAAGAAAAACAAGAGGUCUUUUGGAGCAUUCUGGAGCAUAUGGGACGUGAGGAGCAUGGAGGGACUUGGCACAUGGACGCAGCUCAACUGGAUACGCAAAGGAAGAAGGAGGAAGCCAUCUUGAAGACCAGCUCGACCAUCUACUCGACCAACCGGUCGAGUUCCUCAACUCGACCGGCCAAGCUUCAACUCGAUCGAGCUGAGAGUCAAAGUCAAACCCGAAAAAUGUUGCUUCCCCCUUGA